AUGGCGGCUCGCAAAGCAUUUAAAUACAGUCCGAGAAGAGGUGCUGCUAGUUUUCAGUCUCUGGCAGACCGUGAGCCGGGCUUGCAUCUUCCCCAUCCCGAGGUCCACCUGACGGAUGAUGCAACGGUUUGUGGCAGUGCUGCUGAGCUGAGGGAAAAUGCACAUGCUACUGGGGACCAUUUACUUCUGGAAGGAGGUGACACACCCAGAAUGAUGAGGCCUUCCAUCCCCAAGUGCAAAGAUAAACUUGAUUCUGUUGACACGACAUUGAAAAAUGAGGUUGAAGAAUCGGAUGAUGACCAAGCCGUCCUCUCUCUCUGUGGUAUGUCGACUCCUGAGAGCAUACUCUCAGAUGAAGAGCCUGUGAUGGACCCGAUCAAGGACAAGAGCACGAGCACUGAAGUUUGGCGAACUGACUGGCACAAGAGUCACAUGGCAGCUGUAAGCAGCGAGAAGUUUGACAGCCUCUUGAAAAUAUGUUCAGACUUCCACGGCUGUAAGAGCCACAUGGCAGCAUUUGUCUUGAUAACAGAGGUGUUGGAUACAGCGGGCUGUCCCUGUGAGCAGUACAAGGUGGUGGCGGUGGGAGCUGGCCGUUCAAGCUGCAGCAAGUGGCUUUGCUACAAUGGGAUGAUGGUCCAUGACUGCCACGCCAUCAUCAUCGCCAGACGAGCUCUCCUGAGGUUUCUGUACAAACAGCUUCUGCUGUUCUUUGAAGCUGAUCCAAAGGCCAAGGAGAACUGUAUUUUUGAGAGUAGUGCAGACAGCCACCAGCUUCAGCUCAAACCCAAGAUCAGCCUGCAUCUCUACACCAAUCAGUGUCCCGAAGGAGCCGCUAAGAACUUCAACUUCAUGGGCUCGGCAAACAAUGCUUGGACCCCUAUGAAGCUGCAGUAUCACGCCAAAGGCCUGCUGACCCCUGCGGCCUACCUCGACCCAAGUUUAUUGGGUGCCAAAGUCUGCUGCAUGUCCGGUAGUGACAAGCUGUGUCGCUGGACUGUCACUGGGGUUCAGGGUGCAUUACUGAGCCACUUCAUUCAGCCGCUCUACAUCACCAGCAUGGUGCUAGGAUGCCAGAAGAUCUUAAACGAGCAAGUGUCUGAUAUCACCAACAAGCGGCUGGGCGACGGAUGGGAGGCCCUUCUGCCUUCACCCUACAAGAAACAUGACAUCCUCUUGCUCUGCGGCGAUUACGUGGGACCUCAUGCAGCCUCCCCGCAGCACGACAAUCUCAGCAUCAACUGGUGCCUCGGAGACAAGGAUAUUGAAGUCUUAGACAGUAGAACGGGCUGCAUCGUUGACGGCUCUCCCUUUGUGAGCGGGCCUACCUUCUCCAGCAGACUUUGCAAGAGAGCCCUCUACAGUUAUUUCCUCCGAGUUGCACAGCUGGGUGGACAUGCCUAUCUGCUGGAGCUUCCCACCUACCACAGUGUCAAGAUCGAAGCCGGUUUUUACCAGAUUGUCAAAGACGUGGUCAAACAGCAGUUCGUCAGAAUCCACGCUGGUCUCUGGAUUCCAAAAAAGCUGGUGGAUUGUUUUAGCACUUGA